UAUCCAUUCAGUCGAAGUUUAGCCUCUCAUGUGGUCGGUUUAUCUAUUUAACCUCGGUUAUUACGAAGGCAAAAAGUGUUGAUAUGCACUGAAUGUGUGUGGUUUCAUAUUUAAAAUAUAAUCGAGUGAAUGUUAUAUUCGAUAGCAAGUUGUUCUCAUUGAUAAUACGGAAAGCAUAAGUUCAUUUGCUGAACGAAUUGUAUAAUUAAACGAACGGAGAAAAAAUUAUGGAAGAAAAACUUUCCAGAAAACGUGUGUUUGAUGUUUUCAUUGUGAUGAUGAAAUAAUUAUACGAAUUUUAUCUGCGCGAAUCACCUAGCAAAUUUUUGCACUCAGUGGAAAAAUAUUUUUCGGAUUAAAAAUAAAUCAUUGAAUUGAGAGGUUGAUAUCAUAGCACUGACUGGUUAACUAACUUUUGUUGGUCGGUUUUUUUUUUGUUUACAAAAAUAAUAAACGAAACGUUUAAGAGUUGUACGUGUGAUUAUUAUUUAUAGACGAAUUUUCGGUCUAUUUUUGUGACUAAGUCGAAAAAAUUAUUAUUUUUUUGUGGUGAAAUUGGAUUCGUUUUUUAUACACAAAAUUGGAUUGAAACAUUCGUUCGUGGAAGAGUAUAAUUGAGGCCAGCCGAAAUAAAUAACAUAAAUCACAAUUAAAAUGGGAAAUCGAGAUAUAAAUGACUCGUCACUGGAACGACCUGGUGUAUUGAAAGACGUUAAGGUAGUGAUGGUGGGACCGGCCAAAUGCGGCAAAACGGCGUUGGUUCAACGAUUUGUUAAUGAUACAUUUUAUGAUUCAUAUACUCCAACCGGUUUCGAAAAAUACUCAACCCGAUGCAAAAUCGGUGAAUUCUCCGUUGAUUUUUCCAUUUGGGAUACAUCAGGAAGCGGCGCUUAUGAUACAAUUCGCCCAUUAGCCUAUCAAGACGCCAACGUUUUCUUAUUAUGUUUCAACAUUGGCGAUCCGGAGUCGUUAGACUUGGCAGUGAAUAAGUGGUAUCUGGAAAUUCGAAAUCAUUGCGCCAGUGCCCCGGUCAUUCUGUGCGGAUGCCGAGCUGAUGCCCGUAACGAUAAAGAAACAAUCACAUAUUUGGCACAUGCACACAAAAUGCCUGUAACCGCAGAGCAGGCUCUGAUGGCAUCGAAACAUGUGUCGGCGGUUGCGUAUGUGGAAACGGCCAGUGCGUAUGUGAGCAAAGCCGUGCCUGAAGCGUUUGAAUUGGCCGCUCAGGCAGCGUUGGGUCUGCUGAAUAGUAAAAAGAAUCCGCCGAAAAAGAAAAAAUUCGGUGGCAGCCAGAGUCCACUACCAAAUAAGCCACACAUCAAAAACGAAAUUAAAGGCAAAGCGAAAAAUUGCUGCAUAAUGUGAUAUGACGAUUACAACAAUUUUCUCGAAUUUUUGUUCCGUUCCAACUGUGAAUCCAGAGAAUCUGGUGUAAAGAAUACGUAAAUCGUUUCGUUCCAAUUUUACUGCCAACGAAACCAAACGACCAUCUACACCAAUGGAAUGAUCUUUCGUUCAACACAAUAAUUCAAUCGACAUUUAAGCGAAAAGCGAUAAAACAAGAAGCGAGAAAAUCCUAAAAAUUUAUUUUUAACAAUAAGAUGUGCAACUGAAGAACAUUUUUGAUCGUUUUCGUGACGACAUAAUGCACAUAAAUUGUUGUUACAAACAUAAAUUCAACUAGUCAUUAUAGAGAAUGCAAUGCUGCAAUAUAAUAAACAUGAAACUAUGAAAAAGAGCAUAAAUUUUCGUUUUUAAAGUGAUUCUGUGAUGUUAGACCAAUUUAGGGUAACUAAAAAUAAUAAUAAUAAAAAAUCAAAGAAGUGAAACAUUAGGGUGGCACGUUUGUUGUAAAAAUAAAUUCUGCCGUUAAAACCGUACGGAUCAAAGAAAAUAUUUCAAAAUAAAACGAAAAUUGAAAUGGAAAUCUUUGAAAGGGAAUGGCUAAAUGAAGAUUCAUUUAAGAUUAUAUACGACGAUGGGUUUCGACGAUAUUUCCGUAAAACAUAUUAAUAUGCAAACACUCCAACCUAAUGAUAAUUUUAAUAUAAAAAUCUAAUAUUAAGUCAAGAGCUAAGAACUAAAAUUUCUUCCAUUAUACAACCCAUUAUAAUAGACACCCAAAGUGACAAAAUAUUUUUUGAUAAAAAUUAGAAUCCAAACUGUUAAUUGUUUCAAAUUCUACGAGUUCUACAAAGAGAAAUACUUUCCUUUUAUUUGAUC